AGCGCUUCAGACCGCAUACAACCUCGCCCACCACGAUUACCAAGCCAAACGCCGCGAUCAUACGGCCAUUCCUUCACGCCACUGCAGGUCGCUUCUCUUCCUCCUCCUCCCUCUUCUUCUGCCUCGCUCCGACCACGCGCAGGCACCUCCUUCGAGCGCCCUCUCUUCCUCUCCCCCUCAUCGGUCGUCGCACCUUGACCACCUCCCCUUCGCUCGCAAUGACCGACCACAUCCGCUCCCUCGUCGCUACCUUUGGCGACUUGCCCUCGAACGACGUCCCCGAGGCAGACCCGCUUCGCAAUCCGCUGGACGCCUUCCGCCUGGAUGUGGCUCGCCAGCUGCACUCCAGCCUUGACAUUCCCGUAGAGAAAGCAUUCGAGGCCGUCUCUACCGCCAGCAAAGUCGCAGACUUCUCCGUUGCGUUCCCCCGCUUCAAGCUUCCCGGGAAGCCCAAUGAUGUUGCAGAGAAGGCGUACAGAGACUUCCAGCCCUCGGCGUACAUUGCUGAGGCGAGCCAUCAGGGAGCCUUUGUUCACUAUAAGGUCAACCAUGAGACGAUGGCAAAGCUGACCCUCGCGACCAUCACGGAGCUUUCCAGCCGUGGAGAGGACAAGGGCGACGCUCCUUCUGCUAGCAAGUCAAAGGGCUCAAUCAAGUCAGCAUACGGACACAACGAGUCGGGCAAGGGCCAGAGGAUGAUCAUUGAGUUCUCGUCACCGAACAUUGCAAAGCCCUUCCAUGCAGGGCAUCUGCGCUCCACCAUUAUUGGCGCAUUCCUCUCCAACCUCUACGAAGCAAACGGAUGGUACGUCGAGCGAUGGAACUACCUUGGUGACUGGGGGAAGCAAUUUGGUCUCCUCGCCGUUGGAUGGGAGCGAUCCGGUGACGAGGCGAAGCUGAAGGAAGACCCCAUCAAGCACCUCUACGACGUCUACGUCGAGGUAAAUGCAGCUGCCGAGGCCGACCCUUCGCUCCACGAAAAGGCUCGCGUUUACUUCAAGGGAAUGGAGGAUGGCGACGAGUCUGCCUUGGCUCUCUGGCGCAAGUUCCGCGACUUGAGCAUCGCCAAGUACGAAGAGACCUAUGCACGCCUCAACAUCCACUUUGACGUCUACUCUGGCGAAUCACAGGUCACAAAGCAGUCCAUCUCCUCCGCUCUGGACGCCGUGCGUGACUCCGAGUACGUCGAGAGGGCAGAGAACGGGGCAAUGCUCAUCGACCUGACCAAGUACAAGCUGGAGAAGACGGUCAUUGAACGCGCAGACGGAACCGCCCUCUACAUCUCGCGUGACCUCGCUGAAGCGAAGAAGCGAUGGAACCUGUUCAAAGAGAAGUACGGAGCCGGUUUCGACAAGAUGAUCUACGUCGUUGCCUCGCAGCAGGACUUGCACCUUGCCCAAUUCUUCAAGAUCCUCGAUCUCUCCGGUUUCGAGGGCGCCAAAGCUUUGCAGCACGUCAACUUCGGUAUGGUCCUUGGCAUGUCCACUCGUAAGGGGACGGCAGUCUUCUUGGACAAGAUCCUGGAGGAGGCGCAAGAGACUAUGGAGUCUAUCAUGAAGCAGAAUGAGGACAGGUACAAGCUCAUCGAGGACCCGCAGCGUGUCGCGUAUGUGCUUGGAGAGUCGGGAGUGAAGAUUCAGGACCUGACGGGUAAGAGGCAUUUGAACUACGAGUUCUCGUGGAAGAGGUGUCUCAGCAACGAGGGAGACACGGGCGUCUUCUUGCAGUAGUAAGUACGAGCGAGCGCGGGCACUGCAUGUGAGGC